AAUGUUCGACCCUGUCCGAUCGCUAGGACACAUUUGCUGUAUUUGAAAUACGCGCGCGAAGAUAACAAAAAAUAAAGAGUCUCUUAUCUCGCUAGAGAUAAGAGACGCUGAAAGCGUCACAUUACCAAACGACCCCUCUCGCUUACGAGGAGGAGGAAUCGAAGGUACAAUCGAAAUUUAAAGGUAGGGAGACAACAAACCCGACAAGACAAAGCUGGAAGGGAUACGCACUGGUAGAGCGUAAAAGUAAGAGAAUCCGCGCCGCGGUGCCGCUGCUUACUCCGCUGCGCCUCCUCGUUCGAGAGACACUUCUCUCUUUUAUUCCCGUUUCUACGUGCGGCCGCCCGGUUAAGAGCAUUCUCCUUCUUCAGCUUUUUCAGUCGCCGACGUGACGGGCGCGCACCGCACGGUCUUAUCACCGCGCGAUUCUGUCGGCGCGCGUGUGUUCCUCCGCGCGUGUUUAUGCGCCGCUAAGAUCCUUCCGCGAUCGCCUCUUCGGAUCUUUUUAUUUCCGACAAAAAAUUUUUCCCGACGUUUCUUCUUUUCGCUCGGUUUUUUUUAGAUCAAUGUGAGAUCGACACGUCUCUCUCACGCGCCAAGUGAAAGUGGACACGUGUCGGAUGAACUUUUCAACACAUUCUGGAUCGAUUCGUUUCUCCCGUGCGAGCGAGUCUUGAAAGGCCGAACAUCCCGCGCGCGCGCGCUGGUAUCAGGACGCGGAGCACUUUCUACGAACGGAUGACUCAACGAAUGAGAGUUCGUUAUUCUUCUUUCGUUCGGCCAGGUACUGUUUUCUCGAUCUCGUGAAAGAAGCGAAAAAAAAAAAAAAACGGUAUAGAUCUCGAUCGUAAUCCGAUCAGUUUUGCGCGCGGCUACAGUUGGUAGCUGAAUGAGAGAGAGAUAAAUUAAAUUCGCGAAUUUAAAAUCAAACAAGAGACGGACUUUUACAUACAUGUAUCACGCAAUCGGAAAGCGGAACUGAAUUCGACAUGUUCGCGACGAGGGCAGUGCCUUUGUUCCGCGUAAUUUCGGUCACCUCGUGAUACGGCGUCCUUGGAACUUGCGAAAGAGCCGCCGAUCGAUUUGUGUGAUCAUGAUCUCCGGGACCAGGAAACGAAUUCUUCGCACGUUAGAAAAACGAGUCGACGAGCUGCCUCCCGAGUUGACAAUUUGCAAGUGAUUUGUGAAGAAAAACGCGAGCUUUCGUUCGGGUGUAAAAUCGGGAGCGACGCGCGAAAAUUAUGGCGUUGGUGAAUUUUAGUCUACCUUAUCAGUCGGCGACGAUGGCGCCGUUUCUUUACACGGGACCGGUCGGAGGUCACACGACGGCCAACAAUCUUCGUCUGAACGCCGUUUUACCGUCGGCAUCCGUGCCGCCGGUUUACAACGAGCAAGACAACUUCCGUAACGAGCCCUACGUGCCGCCGGUCAAGUAUCAUCAUCAGCGACGUCAGGCGACCGCUCAGCAGAGGAAUCAGGAGAUCUACACGGAGAACACGUCCUUCUCUUCGCAGGACACUCGCUACACCGUGUACAAUCAAGACUUCAGGAGAACACAACCGAGGCAGCAGCAACAACAGCAGAUGAGACCGCCGCCACCACCCUCUUUGUUUCAGCAGCAACAGCAGCAGCAACAAACGCAAUCGUCCGAACCGAUCAAAUCUCACACGGAGGAACAGGAAAAUUAUCCAGACAGGCCUAACGGAUACACAAGAGUUAACGGCGGCGGGAGUUCCCUCGGUCCGGGUGCGAAGACCUCGGUCCACGCGGUGCUCGACUACGACGACGAUUUUGACGAUUACUACGACGACGAGGAUCCGAAUGUACCAACGAACGCGCAUGUCACGCCUAUUCAGGGUCCGAUUUUUCUGAAAAAUGGUUCCGUGCCUGUGGUUCCGCUGUACUCGUAUCCUCAGCUAAAUAACGGAACGUUCGUGCAGAUACCGAUACUCUGGACCGCACUUUCGGUAGCUUUGGGUGUGGAAUUAAGAGGAGAUCUCGUACGAGGCGCGCCGUGCAUCAAGAGAUAUCAUCAGCUGUUUUGUCCGACGGCUGGGAACACGUAUCCGAUAGAACGAAUAGAACGUUUUAUCGAUGAAAAUAAAGCGUUGAUGAAAAGGAUGUACGGUGACUUCGAGAUGAAUCCAGGGUCGAGCGAACCCGGACAUCGCACUAGAACCCGACGAAAAAGCAGGGAAACGCGAAAGCACGACGUUCCGGAUGGCGGGCCGAGAGUUCCCGACGACGAGUUGAAUAUAGAGGAGAUAGACGAAGGAUAUUUCAAUAAUAAGAGAAAUAUCAGGCAAUCUUUUGGAAAAAAUCGCAGCUCGGAGAGCAGCGGCAGAAUCGAUGCGUGCGAAUCAAAAGUCGAAAUCGUGACUCCUUACUGGGCGAGCAACAGUGCGGGAAAAAUUCGCGCCAUCGUCAACACUCAACAUUUCGAGCAAGCUAUACAUCAGGAAGUGUGCUCAAAAACACAGACUAAUCGAUGCAGCGGAGACUGCGGAUGCGAGCAGAAGUACAAGUGGCACAGACUGCUCGCUUACGAUCCGGACAACGACUGUAAGGGCAUAUUCAUGGAUUGGUUCCUGUUUCCCUCUUGCUGCGUUUGCAGAUGCGAUCCGAUGCACAACAACAAAUUCUCUUCGACAAGCAGUCGAAAUUGACACAAAAGCGCGAAGUGUGUCAG